GACCGUAUGUCCUAGGUAUCGGGUGGGGUUAAGUUAACCUAUUCUGGAAGUGAAAGAACACAAAACUAAAGAGAACACGGGAAAGCUAGAAGAAGGCAUAUGUGGGGCUAGGGUUUUUGAACCGUCUGCGAAGUUUCAUAUAUUCUUCUUCUGUAAGUCAUAUUAUCAACACAAUUUGAAGCACCUCCAGACCUUACAAGGGUUUCGGCGUGGUUACGGAAUAGGAUUGCAAUCCGAUUCGAGCAAGAACAAUGGGGGACUACUGGAGAGAUGGUCGACCGUUAGGGGUACCUGUUUCCACCAAGCGCGCUCGCAAUGAUCUUGGAAUCGCUGGUGGGCGUGAAAUUUCUGGUUAUCUGCCAGAAAUGGCUGGGCGUUCUUAUCUACAUGAAUCAAACCAACCUGGAGCUCUGGAUUCUCAUGGCCGGAAUGGGCUUGCGCUGUACUCCUCUGGUGGUUUGACAUCAAGUGAAAUUAACAACUUGGGAGGUUCUCUUGGAACAAGGUUGGGUAGCAAUACAGGUUAUUUGUCUGGAUCUCCCAUUCUUGAUUCAGUAUUGAUGAGUCAAAGACAAGGAAUUGCAAGCUUGGAUCCUGGCUUUGGGGGAAAGUCGGGGGGUAGCCUUAGCUAUCAAAGGCCAGAUACUCAGGCCCUAAGGGAUCCUCCCAGAAGGCCUGACGAUCUACUUCCACCCGAUGCAUCAAAUACCCUAUUUGUUGAGGGUCUGCCCACUGAUUGCACUCGCAGGGAAGCAGCUCAUGUUUUCCGUCCAUUCAUUGGUUUCAAGGAAGUCAGACUGGUGCAGAAGGAACCUAAACGUCCUGGUGGAGAUCCUCUUGUUCUAUGUUUUGUUGACUUUGCUGAUGCAAGGUGUGCGGCAACUGCAUUAGAAGCUUUACAAGUUUGUCUGACAAAUUUGUAGCUAUGUGGGGCAUCUUCACACAGCAUAUGGAAUCUGCGGCAUGAGUGAUUAUAGCAUUUGUUUUUUAAUUGGAUAUGUGUUUGUGAGAGUGGAUGGUGUAUCUAGCAAGAUAAAUGUUUCCUUUACAUAUUUUCUAUGCUUUCAUUAUUCAAAUGUAGUUUGUCUGACAAAUUUGUAGCUAUGUGACAUCUUCACACAGCUUUGGGUUAUUAAGCAUAUUUUCUGUUUCAAUAAUGGUUACUUUUAAUUGUGAUGUAUUUUAAUUAUGCUCUUAACAUAUUAUACAGCUCCUCCCUUUAUUCUGUCUUAAGGGCAAGAGUAUGCAUGCUAAUUUGCAUUCAUAAGUUGAAUGUUUAAUUUCCCUUUUUUAUAGUUAGAAGAUUUGGUACCUUGGCUUGUGACUACUUUAAAAUGUAAUAUAACAUUAAACUUCUUCUAUACCUCUUUUCUGAUUUUGAAUUUAUAUCCUUGUGCCUGGUGGCUAAACCAUCCGUGCUCGUUGACAGUUAACAGAUGAGCGGUAGUUACAAAACAUUUAACUGGAAUUUCUUUGUUCUUUGACUCCAUGGGUUUAGGGCUGUACCUAAUUGUGCGUUAGGUGUAACGUGUAUGGUAUGUUUAUUAAUGAAAUACAGACCAUAUUAUAAUCCACGUUUGUGAUUCA